AAUGUGCUGGGGUGCUGGUGCUGUAGGAGCACCAGCGGUAGGCAACAAAGUCGUAGUUGCUCUCUCAAAUGCUGUGGUGGAUGAAGGUAUUUGCAAGGCGGCUCCCUGCGCUGGCAUUUGCCCUAAACAAGAAAAAAAAUCGAACAUGAAUGUUAGUCAUCGAUCGUUUUUAGGCGUCGUCGCGACGCCGGCGUUCGUUACGCAACACUGGAGCCGCAGUUCCUAA